GCGUCGUAAAUUGUAAACUUUAAUUACUUAUUGAACUAUAGGUCCCGGGUCGUCCAUUUUAUAAAAAAAAAAUAACAUCAGGAGUUAAAUAUCUGCAGCUAUUUGUUUUUCAAUUAUGAAUAACGUGGGGUUAACCGACACGGAUCUUUUACACUUUAGAUUAUUUUAUAUAUAUUUUCACUGUAAUAGUGGAUGACUACCAUAUAGUAGAUGACCCUGUGAGUUUUUCAUCCCCCAGAAUAGGUGACUGCAAUAUUUUUACAUGUAAUCCGAUUAAACAUAUUACUCACAAAGUGGUAGCAAUACAAGCAUCAAUAUAUCUCAAAUAUGGAUUUUUUUUCCUAUUCAAGCAUAUUGUUACAAAAUUAGGUUGUUAGCUAAUGCAUGUUUUAAUAUACAAUAUGCAUUAUAAUAUACGCAUAUGUAUAUUGAGUUCAAAAUAAAUGAAAUUUAAAACGCAUUCAUCCAUAACCCUUCUUACCUUUUCGACAAACCCAAAUUCUCGAUUGAGGCGGCAAAUAUUAGGUAUUGGAAUGAAAGUUCAUAAUUGUAUUUUAUAUAUAUUAUUAUUAACCUGAUUAAAAAUGCAUGCACUUUUACCCUCCUUGAGGUCGAGAAACAACCUUUUAAGAAAAUUUGUAGUAGAUUUGAAGAUAGUGUAUGUUUUUUGAACAUAACUUAUUUGCGUUGCUCUCGUUUUUCUUUUGCAGUAAAAACGUAAUCAUAUUGAAACAUGUUAUCAUAAUUGUCAUUUUACCUGGUUAUGAAAAUAUCGCAUAGUUUACUAGAUCAUCUAUGACCCACCCUUCUGAAGGACAAAACUUGUCGCCUGUUUACGUCUGCACAUAACGUAUCCUGUUUACUCACUUUAAAUCUAUUAAUAGAGUUCGACAAAACACAAACAACAAGUGGUCACUGGACCGUAGUCAAUAUUAGUCGUAGACUAGCAGUUAAACUGAGAACAUUCUUGAAUAUCUUGAACAGCAGAAGAAAAUGUAUACUAUGUUAUACGUGUAAAUCACUAAAAGUGAGACAAGAGUCCGGACCAUGUCAUCUACGCAUGCAUACUAAUUAAAAUAAAUUUGAAAAAGCAUUUUAAAGUUCAAUCAGAUGUUUGCAAAAUACAUGGAUGUAUUUGACUUCACCUAAAAAGAAAAGGGGCAGCAAUUCCUUUCGACUUGAAAAACAACCAUGACUAACUAUCAGAAUAUUGUCUUCGGAGUGGACCUUGUAAAAGCCGCCCAAGAUGAAUACGACUUUCUGCUCAAGGUUGAUGGCUUAGAAUACCUUCGGAACGAUGCAGUUCUUAAGUAUUCCAUUCAUCGCUACGAGAACCUUUGGCUUCCUCUUGUUGCAUCUCAAAACGACGAACAUAUCUUGUCAGAAUGCUUAGAGCCCCCAGUUGACAUAGCUUGGGUGUGGCAUUGCCACAUGCUAUCACCGCAUAACUACGCUGCGUAUUGUCAGUCACGAUUUAAGAAAGUGCUCAAUCAUUCCAUUUCUAAAUCGAGAGCUGCUCACGAUUUGACAAGGAUGAUUUGGUCAAGUCAUUAUCCGCAGGAACCAUUUGGGCUAAGCAAGGAAAUCAUGGACGGAAACAUGCCUGAUAGUCCAUUACAUCAUCAUGAAAGUAUUACUGGCGAAAUCAGUUCAUUUAAUCUCUUGGCAGCAACCCAUCGACAACGAAAUUUUGUUUAUAACAUUCAUCUACCACACUAUAGAGAUACAAAGUUCCUAGAUGAUGCAUUGACAAGGUACAAAAAGUAUCUAUUUUUGAAGGAAAAACAUCCGACAAAGUUCUUAGUUCCAUGUUACGACAUUGAUUUGAUCUGGCACACUCAUCAACUUCAUCCGAUUGAUUACGAACGGGUCACAAAGUCGUUGCUCGGUCGUCUGCUCAUUCAUGAUGAUACAGACAGCAAUAGAAACCCAGGGUCUAAACUUUGUAAUGCAUAUGAACAAACAAGAAAACUUUGGCAAGAUGAAUAUGGUGAAUCGUUUGCCAAAUCAGGUGCCAUGUACCGUGGAGAUUCUCCAAAGGGCGAACUUUUCAUUCCCACCAAUUUAGACAUUGAAUGUUCAUCAGAAAGAGAAGCAGAAGUUGUUAUUAAAAGUAUUUCGAUAUCCCCGCAUAACGCAAUUACACGUAGAUACAAAAAUUUAAAUCUUAGUAUAUAUACUAAAGAAUUUUCUCAGAGACUUUCGCUGCCAAAGAAUAUGAUCCGGAACAAUCUUAAUAUUCAAUUUCUAUAUGGUCCUUCUGAUGCCUGGCUUAUCUUUCAGCUAACAACAAAAACCUUCUUUAGGAAAGUGUGGAACGUAGUUGGUACUUUAAAAGUGAAGUUUGGAAAACAUCUGAAGAACCCCAGCCGUCAUAAUGGCGGCGAUUUCAAAUUGGAAGAAGACAUGAUAAUGGAAAGCAGAAAACCAGCAGUAAAAUGUACCGUAGAUGUAAGUAUUGGACGUCCAUCUCUUGCUGGCAUCGUACUAGUUUUGGAACAAGAUACAUUUAAAGAGGUCAGCAUGCCAACAAAUGAUGAUAAAGUGUGGCGUUUUGUUCCAGUCAUAAAAUCAGGUGCAACAAACAUCAGUCAAGUUGCCACGCAUAGAUUACGGAAUUUGAAUGGAGAUGUUGUUUUCACCUCCCGGAUCAUACACAACGUUUACCUGAUGACGUCAUUUGUGCAUGUUUUUUUCUACAGCCAAAUGGCAGCUGUUGCACAUGUCAUUGGAACUGACCAGCUUCCAAUUGAAUCACAGACUUCUGGAAAUAUAUCCCUGAAUCCAAGUGCAGGGGAACGCGCGAUCCUCAUAAAAACUGGACACGGUGAUUCUAUGAUACUGGUAGGAAAGUGGACAGGAUUUGUUUGGGGUAGAGAAGAAAUUCCUGGUAACCCCGGUCAUUUGGAACUGAAGGUAUACCAAAUUGAUCCAAAAAGUGUUUCAACAGAGGAAAAGCUUCAUCUCUCUCUAAAUCACCCUCUAGUAUACGGAGGUUUAACCUUAGAUUUCAAAAAUGGUACAAUUACAUGCACUAGAACAAAAACGUAUAAAAUUGUUGAAUAUGUGGCUUUUUCAUUUUCCGUCGCGCUUCUCUAUAAUCUGUGUGUACCACGCUCAAAAUGGACACCAGAAAAAAAUGCAAGGAGAGACAAUGUAGUAAAGGCACCAGGUGCAAACAUGUCCUUUAUGACGGCUGCCGGAUUGUUGCUAUUUUAUACACCCUCUAACCACUACAUGUAUUGCUAUUUCCCUGUACUAUUCUGCACAAGAUGUGCUGCCGGAAAACCUUUGUCCGACUCUUGUGGCAAUGAAUCCGAUCAACGUCAAUGCGUCAUCAAUUCUGACAAAGGAGAUUUUGGAGAUUGUUCUGUUAAAGAUAUCGAAGGUGCUAAUGAUGAAAAAACUCCAAAGCAUGUACAUCUAUUGAAAAUUAAAGAUUUAGCAAAGGCAACCGGUUUUUCAGACGAGAGCUUGUCUCUCUUAAAAGCAGCUGGAUUGCUGUACUCGACACCUUAUAACUUUUAUGUUUAUUACAAUUACGGUGCAAACGUCUAUGCAAGAUGCACUGCCAGACACAGUGUUCCUGAAGCUUGUGGUAUCGAAUUGGAUCAAAGUCGAUGUGUCAUCAAUUCUAACAAUGGAGAAUUUGGAGGUGAAAAAGGGAGCCGCAAAGGCAAUGGUGAUGGUACUGAUAAAGGAGUUGGUGAUAAUAAAAAUGUUAGUAGUGCUGGUGGCCUUAAUGGCAAUGUUGGAGGUGUUGGUGUUGUAAGUGGUGGUGAUCGUGUUCGGCAUGGCGGUGAUGGUGGUCGUAUUGGUGAUGUUGAUUAUGGAUGUGGCGAAAGAGGUGGUUUUGGAGGAGGUUGUGGAGCUGGUGGUUGCAGGGGAGGUGGAGCUUGUGGUGGAGGCUGUGGUGGUGGUGGCUGUGGUGGUGGUGGGGGAGGAGGUUGUGGUGGAUGUGGUUGUGAUUGAGAUGGUGAAUAAUUUUAAAGUAGUAAUUGUAAGUAUUCAAGAGAAAUUCCGCGCCUGUGUAUACAAAACAAAUAUAUUUUUGUGCAAUUGCUUAUUCUUGAUUUUGUUUUGCAUGCAUUAGCUGUUAAAGGACCGAAGGCAAUCACUGCGUAUAUCUUAAUUUUGUUAUAGUUUGUGCCUCCCAGGUUUUCAUCUGCAAUUGUCAAUAAACUGUAAUUCAAUAUGUUUUGUUUAAAUGACUUGAAAGUAUUGUUAUCACAUUUUAAAAAAUUCAAUCGAUGUAUUGGUGUAUAAUUGUGUGUCUGGCCAGUAGUCGUGCAUUUG